ACAUCAAUUUCGGAAUAAUUUUUACUGCACGUACCGGGGCUCAGUAAUAUAAAUUUCCGCCGAAAAUGAAAGUCAUUGGUGUUAUAUUAGCUGUCCUGGGCUGCGCCGUAUGCCAGCAACAAACCUACGUGUGGGAUUUACUGAAGCCGGCUUUAACGGCGGAGGAAGUGCAAACUAUAUUGGCCAAUCGGGAUUUCGCCAACCAGUAUCCCACUUACAACGCCGUACCGCUGACCAGCUUUGACUGCACCAAAAAGACACAACCGGGAUUCUUUGCCGAUGUCGAGGCCCAGUGUCAGGUGUUCCAUCGAUGUGAUAUCAACGGAAAUCGCACCAGUUACCUCUGUGUGAACACAACGGUUUUCAACCAGAUCACCUUGGUGUGCGAUUAUUUCUUUAAUGUCGACUGCCCACGGUCACAAGAGUUUGAGAACUUCGCUAAUUCCCGUCUAUACACCAACCAGGAUUUGUUCGACACGCCUCCUGCCGAUUAUGUCCCACCGCAAAGCAGUCAAAGCGGCCAAAUCGUGGCGCAGCCGUCUCGCGCCAAACCCUCCGUCGUCCCCGCCAAGCCAGUCCGUCCUGCGGGACCUCUCCUCAAACCGAACAUCCCGGUUUUCCGUCCCGUCCAGCCAGUCUUAAUCACACUGGCCCCGACCACCCAGAUGAUUCGCGAUCAGCCUAGUAAUGGAGGAGAAGACCAAGGCACCACCACGGAAAUGAUCCCAACCAGUGAGCAGUCGGCAGGAUCAAUGGAGACAUCCAGCGGGGCCGCACCAGCGCAACCCGGUAUGGAAGGUCAACAAGGACAGUCACCAGCCGGCACGGAGGGCCAGCAACCGCAACCUGGAACUGAAGGUCAACAAGCACAACCUGGAGCGGAAGGACAACAGCCUCAACCCGGAUCGGAAGGUCAACAAGGACAACCUGGAGCUGGACAGCCGCAACCCGGAAUUGAAGGACAGCAACCACAGCCUGGAGCAGAAAGUCAGCAGCCGCAACCCGGAGCGGAAGGACAACCACCACAACCUGCAGCGGAAACUACCACCGAGAUGGGAGCACCCGCGGCCGCUCCAGAAGGCCAACCGGCUCAGUAGUAUUUGGCGACAAAGCAGUCCUCCCUUAAGUCUCCAGAUUUAGCUGUGUCGCAAAAGUAUUACGAAUUUCCGGCUUGACCCGGUUACUGGGCACGGGGCAGUAACAUACCGUUUUGGUAUUCUCUAUGAUUUUUAGACAUUUAUACUAUGAUUUUUUUAUUGUUUUAACUAGUCCGUUUCCAAGUUGAACUGCUCACUGUGACAUUCCCGAAAUUAAAGUGCGUUAUA